AGAUGAAUCUGGAGGAAGGAGGUUACUCGUGGACAAGCUGCGUUGGCUCUGCUUUAUCAGCCAGUGGUUGCAUUCGGCUGAUCUCUGGACCCACAGAUUGAGCAACAUCACAAGAGACAGGCAGCCACAAAAUCAUUCAGAGACAAAGGCAGGAUAGAGGAAAGAGUCAAAGAAAAACAAAAAAAGAAAGAACAACAGGCUUGGCUUGCAAUAGCGUGACCAGGAAAAAGAGCAGUUGUAAAAUAGAGUUAAACAUUGAUAGAGGCUCUUUGAGGAACAAUGGUGGAUAGGACUGUUUAUUUAAGGUUUUGGUUUAGAGUAUGAAAGAUUUGAGAGUACAAGAGGGUGGGGGGGGAUCAGAGGCAGGGGUCCGGUAGAGAGUAAUUGUGGUGACAGCCAGUGCAAGGGGACGAGGACUCAUGUGAGACACAGAGGAAUUAAAAGAUAAAAUACAGAGAGAAGGACCAGAGAGGGACUGGCAGCAGCAAAACUGGAGUUCAAUAUGGGUGUUAAGAGCAAGGCUGCUGCAGCUAUCUUAGUCUUGCUACUGUUCCUCGGCUCCCUAUGGCUGCAGGGAGGUUUGGAUUACCACUGGGAUUCUUGUUUGAAAGGUUACAAUCAGGUGAAUGGGCUUCACCAGCUGUCCAACAGCAGCGGGACCGAUGGGGCCGAGGGCUCGCACCUCCUGGAGGGGUGCCCUGGUCAGAAGUUCCAGGUGUCACUGCUGCUCUCCCACCUGCUGGCUGCACAGGCCUACAACUCUGAUGUGCUGCUGAAGCCAUAUCUGUCCAGCUGGGAUGAACUUGUGAGGUUUAUGGAGGCUCUGGGCCCGAUGGUCGGCCUGAUAUCUAAAGAGAUAGAAACCAAAACUUCUAUUAUUCGCCAACUGGCCCUGUUGGCAGAACAGAACCCCGAAGAAGAGCUUUCAGACAUACACUCAAUAAAUUCAGUGGCUGGGACAGAGAGUACUUUGGAGGCUUCACAGCACACCAGUGCUUACCACUCUCUGCACUCUAUGAUCUCAGUAGAGCUGAGCCGAGGUCUGGUGGACUUUCACCACCAGACAGACUCUGGAUGCCGAACUCUCCUGCGCCUGCACCGAGCUCUGCUUUGGCUGAAGCUCUUCCUGGAGAAGCUGGCUGAGACACCAGUGGCCGGCCGGCUCAGGAGCCCCUCAGAGCUGUGUCGUGAGGCCUACCAGAACACCCUGGCAAACCACCACACCUGGUUUGUCCGCAGGGCUGCCGAACUGGCCUUCAUUGCCUUGCCAGAGCGGAGUUUCUUCUACAAGCUGGUAUGUGUCCAGAAUCAGGAAGAGCUGAGCAUAGUGCUGAACACAGUGGUUCAAGCCAUUGGAAAAGUGUAUGACAGGACGCAGAAAGGUCUGGAAGAAAAUGGCAUGCUGGACUUGCCAUAGAAAAGGAGACUGGACAUACCCCUACUGCUGUUUACCAUGUUGUUGCACUGUCCUCAUGGUUCAGGAGAACCUGGCUGCAGCAACAUGGCGGACAACAAUCACAAAAGUCAUCCAGGAAGGCAUGUGACAACAUCUCGCCCUUUCAAAACAAGAGUAGAAUUUCACCCCACAAGCUUUAUUUAAAUAAUAUCCCCAUUAUCUCUCAUCUUAAAUCUCAAGACAGGAUUUAAAAACCAUCUAACAUUCAAAUAUGUUUAAAUUAACAAAGUUGUUUUACAUCAACAUUCCUUUUUGUCAAAUGUAUUAUUUUUCCAGCAACUAUAGAACAUAUACUGAAGGCCUAUUGUACAAUUCCUAAAAUAUGUAUUUUUAUUACUCAGGUUUAAGUAACAGUAUUCCUGUUUACAAGGCUGAAGCUCUAAAUACUCUGGCCAAAAGUAUGUGGACAAUUGAAUAUUUUCUUUAUAUGUGAUAGAGAUAAGUGAUUGUGAUACCACUGCUAUUAAUUUGCUGCUAUAACAGUCACCAAUACUCUGGUUUAAGUUUUAUUUAACAGACAUUUUAACAGACAUGACAGGUUCCUGUCAUCCUUUUGAGCCUAUGUAUCAAUGUACCACUGAAUGUAACAAAUACCGUGAAGAAGAGCAACUUCUGCCACACGUCUUCCCAUGACUUCCUGUGUGCAGAAAAUGACCAUUGUGGUUGUCUUCCAUGUCCGCUAUGUUGCCGCAGCCAAGUGCCUCCUCAUGGUAUCCUGUACAUCAUGUAUAAACAGGUCCUCAAGAAAA